AAUAUUGGAGGGCGGCUUGUUUAGGUUCUUACGUGUAUUUAGUCGUGGGAAUAUUUCCUAGUGAUCCAAUGUCAUCUACUGCAUCCGUUGUCCCAAAUGUUUCGUAUCAUUUACCCAAACCUGUUACACAAAAUUUCCAGCACUUUGAUUGUAACUCUAGUGGAUCAGGAUUGGAAUUCAAUCACCAAUCAUCUUCAAAUGGUGAUUAUGCUUCGAAAACAAGUUUCAUGAAAGCGGAAUCAUCUAUAUGUGCGUCAAAGCUAGUUUCUUAUAAUAUAGAUGCAGCUUUACGUUUGUCCUUGAAGUCAUCCUCAGUUCCAUCAAAUGAUCAUUUACCCACUUCCACUGAGAAAUUAUCUCAGCGACCAAUAUUUUUUCAUGAAUCAUCAGCUCCUCCUCUCGAUGCUAUAAUCAAGCAAAAAAUCCAAAAUUUACCUGGAUCCUUAAUUUUAACCGACUCAAAGGAAAGUAAACCGGUGGAGAAAAAUUUCCCUGAAACUAAGCUCCUCUGUUCUGAUGAGGAACUUGACCAUUUAUGCCGCUCCGGUGCUCAGUGUAUCCCAAAAAGAGCUUUAGGAUUUGGAAAUUCUGGCAACACAUGUUACCUUAAUUCUGUGCUUCAGUGUAUUCUGGCCACUGGUCCUUUACUGGCCUACGUCAACUGUAAGCAUGCAAAUUCUAGCAACUGUGUGAUUACUAAUGGUCGAUCCAAUCUUCCAAACUUGAACAAAUCUCGUUUUUGUGUUUUAUGUGGCCUGGCUCGACUUAUAAACGAACAUCGUUCACAGACUGGACAUACGGUCCCUUCAUACUUUGUAACAAACGUUCGGGCCGUUUGUCCUAGUCUUCGUCCCUAUCAACAGGAGGAUGCACACGAGUUUUUACUUGGACUUUUAUCUCGGAUGGAAGAUAGUGCUAUGGCAGGUUUGGGAAAAGUGCCUAGGAAAAUGUCUGAGACGAAUGUUAUUCGAAGAAUUUUUGGGGGCGUUAUGCGCUCAGAAGUUACAUGUCAUUCUUGUCACAAAGUUUCAGCACGAGAUGAACAAUGGUUUAAUUUAUCUAUGGAUAUUACAUGCGCGCGAAGUUUACAGCAAUGCUUGUACAAUUACAUUCGUAGCGAGGAAUUAUCCGGUCAAAAUGCUUAUAAAUGUGAAAAUUGUCGUCAACUUCGACCAGCUAUGAGAAAGUGUACAGUGUAUCGAGCUCCACCUAUCCUUAUUAUUCAAUUUAAUCGAUUUUCACGUCAUCAGAAGCUUGAUAUGCAUGUCGAGUUCCCAUCAUCAUUCAAUUUACGUCCAUUUAUGACUCAAUCGAAAGGUUCACCAAUAUUGUAUAAAUUAUAUGCAACUGUCAAUCAUGAAGGAUUCAGUUGUCGUAGUGGUCAUUAUGUAUCAUUUACUCAUCGUCAUGGUCAAUGGUUAUCGCAUAAUGAUAGUUUUAUUUCAACAAUAAAUUCUGACCACGUUUUUCGCCAGUAUCCUUAUCUUCUAUUCUAUGAAGCGAUUCGGAGUUCAGCUAAUAGUACAGUUAACACAUCAAUAAUGUCUAAAUCUCCAUCAUCUGUUAACCAAGUUUUAAAGCCUUCUCCUCUUAAUAGUAGUACUAUGUCUACUACCUCUCAAUCAUCAUCCUUCAUUGAUACUACUGUUCAACAACAACCGAAUAGAAAAGAAAUUUCAAAUUCACUUUCAACAUCAUUACCUAUACAAUCGAAUCUCUUUAAAUCAUUUAGUGUAACAAAGCAAGCAAGUCUACCCACUAUAGAAUCUGUGACUGCAUCUACUACAUUGUUUUCUCAAACUCAAACAACUAAUUCAUUGUCUUAUAAUGGUGUGAAUACAACAUCAUCUAUGCCUAAAAUUGUUUUUAAUCCCAAAGUUUCGUCGAAUAAAUUAAAUAUCUUAUCUUCAUCAACUAUUCCUUUCAAAUCAACAUCAGACAAUCAGAUCACUGCAGAAUCUUUUACUUCAAACACUAAAACUACUCAAAAUGUGGAUAGUAGUAUUACAAAUAAGUCGAUUGUUUCAACAAUACCGUCUACAACAACAACAGUACCACCUAUCGCUUUAUCUGCAUCUAUUGUUCGAGAGUUGCUCUAUGGAAAAGAAAAUCCACCGAAUUUAUGGACUGAACGACCAACACCAUUAGGAAAAACUUCUGUCUCAGCAUCAUCCUUACCUGAAAAUACCAAAAUCUGUGUCGAAGGUCAGUCAUCAGACAAUCUUCUCAGUAAUUUGGAAAGUCGAACAAUCACUAAUGUAAAAGCACAAGUUAUGUCUCCUCAACUCUCUUCAAUAACUCCUAGAGAUUCGUACAACGGUGAAAGAAAGCCGAUAGAUCCCUUGGUCGACUAUCCGUAUGAGGAAUCUGAUAGUAAUACUGAGAUGUCACCACCUCCAUCUAAACGUUGUCGUGUAUCAAAUAAUGAUUAUAAUUCAAGUGUUACCUGGGUUCCUUUAAACUCUCAUAAUGGUAAUGAUAAUGAUAAAUCUGAGAAAAAUGAAAUUCUCAAUCCUUCAUCACAUGAUCAUCAACACAGUAAAAAGCAUAAACGUUGCAAGAAAAAGCAUAAAAGUCACUUUUUUUCUUCUGCAUCAUCAUUAUUGUCUAUGAAACACACUUCAUAUUAUGAAUCACGACGUAAUUCAGAUAAUGAUCAGUAUCAUCGAUUUGAGCAUAAUGGAAGUCGACAUCAUGACAAAGAGCAUCGUCAUCAUCAUCAUCAUCGUAAAAAGCAUAGACAUAACAAGCAUAACUCUAAGAACAACAGAUCCUGUUCACGUCAUAAACAUCAUUAACAGUCAAAUCAACAUGAAAUUGAAUAUAGCUGAAUGAAACGUUUUCAUAUUAUAUAGAAUUAACUUCUUGUAUGCAUGCAUAUAUGCUAUUCAUUAUAGUAAUAUGAUUAUUUGUUAUUUUAUUUUCCAUUUGCCUACUUUUUUUCCCUUGUAUUCUCUUAAUUAAACUGUUAAAAUAUGCUUUAAACUCGACAAAGAUGAAUGCAUAGUGAGAUAAUUUGCCUACCAACUUUUGUUCUCAUAUGUGAUUGUAGUCUUCUUUUAUAUAUAGAUACACACACACACACACAUUGUCGCCUUUUUGUUAUUCUACCUACCGUUAUUGUUAUCAUCAGUUUCGUUUUAUUGUUUUCACUUCUGAAUUGUUUUAAAAGUAAAGUGUACAGUUCAAUUGGUUUUUCAAUAUUCUCUGAUGUUGAUGUUAUUCCACUGAGCGCAGAGAUAUACCCAUGUACACACACACACACACACUGGGCUGGAACAAACAUGAAGGAUAUGCGGAACAUGAGAGAGAAAGAUGAACAGUAGGUAGGCGUUACAGGUAUUACAGUUCAUCAUAUAAUUUCUAAGAUGCAUAAAUGAAGGGUAAACUGUCAAGCUUUUGUGCAGCAUUGUUUAUCCCAACGCUUUAUUAUUAUUAUUAUUAUUAUUUCUAUGUGUUAUUACUAUUACUAAAGUUCAUAUUAACUUGUUGUCGGUUUACUUUCAUACAGUAUUCAGUAUGCUUGAUGUAUUAUUUGUAUGGUAUAAAAUGAAAUAUUGAGUCUUCCAGUUAUGUGACUUAAAUUGUUUAACCAGUGAGAAGGACGCUCAGACCGUGAUAGUGUAGUGUAUACUGAUGUAAUGAGAGGUAUGCUAUUGAUGUGCUUUAAAAAAAGGGCAUACACGACAGUGUUAUUUAUCUCCAGUGGACGUAUUCGGAAGCUUUUAAGCUAUAGAAAUGUACACUUAUUGUGUUCAAUAGUUUGUAUUUAGUUUUUUACUGUUCAAUAGAUGUCCUGUUUGUAGAAUUCUGUCG